AGUGACAGAUUGAGAAAAAAAUCAAAACAGCUUCCACCGGAGAUUUGUGAAUCAAAUAUCUAUUCUAUUUCCUUCCCAAAUUCUGAAAAUAAUCUGGGCGAUCAGCUGCUUGGCCCACAUUGUGAUCGUCACACAAGAGUCUUGAUUAUAAAUAGGACUUGAUGCCGGGGAAUAUGGAUGAAUCACCAUGCAAUUCGCACUUUGGAGCUGUCGCUGAGGAAAUCGACGAGACGCAGUCAAUCCUGAGACUCAACGAUGACUGCCUCUCUUCAGUCUUAUCCCAUCUGAGCAUCAUGGAUUUGAUGAUAAUGGAGAAAGUUUGCUUGAGAUUCAAGUCAGUUGUUCAGAUGCUCUACAAAACGGAGCACUUCGCCCUACGAUUUGAUUUACUUGGCGAGGCUGACGAGAGAGACCAGAAUGUAUUUUACACACGACAGGAGAUACAGGAUAUCUUGUGUCGAGUGGCUCCACGCAUUAACACUGUGAAAGCAAUGUAUCAGGCAUUGAUGAGUCAAGAUGAGGAUGUUGAAUGCAUUUUGACGAAGUGCGUCAACCUGGAGAAUCUUUAUCUUCACGGAAUGUCUGGACACUCAAUCUCCAAAUCCACGUUGAAGCUCUUCUCGAAGACGUUUGUGAACCUCCGAGUAGCCUACUUGACUAACAUGAAUUUGAAUGACGAUAUAAUGAUGGAAUGCUUGCUAGGAGCCACGCAGUUGAAGACGCUGAAUAUAAGUUGUAACUCUUCAAUCCGCGGAAAAUUUCUGCCGGAAUUGCAGAAUAUUCAGGAGAUUGAAUUAGGCUUCUGUAAAAAUAUUCAAGCUUCUUAUUUUACGCAGUUCCUCAGUCGAAAUCCAGGACUAAAAAGCCUCAGCUUAAUGAGAUGCAGCUUUAUCAACUCCUCUCAUUUGGCUGCAAUUGCGAAUCUUCAGAACUUGCAGAGUCUCGCGAUUCACAACUGGUACAGAAUGCAUAAUCCAGCGAACAUUUAUUUGCUCGGCGACUUGCCUUGCUUAAGGCAUCUGAACAUAAGUUUCUGGCAUGACUUCAAUAUUGAUCCUUUAUUGGAGAAAUUGGCACAACGCAAUACUCUUGAGUCUUUGGAGAUCAUCAGAGAGACUUCAUUUGAACCAGAAAUCAAUAUUCCCACUUUCUUCUCCAGACUGAAAGUGAUAAAAUUCUUCAAGUGGUGUAAUUUGACUGACGAAAUGCUGUUGAACUUGCCAUCCAAAAAUACCCUUCAAGAGCUUCACUUUCAGCAUUGCAAUAUCAUCCCCGUUGACGGCAUCAUAGCGCUGAUCCAGAACUGUCCGGAACUGAGGCUUCUCAGCAUUUAUGGACUCUAUAAAACAAACACGAAUAAUCUCAUCAAAGGAAUCUUGCCAAUUCUGCCCGAGAGACUCAAACCACUGGAAGUUGUCGUGAACAAAGAACUAUUUUCACCUCCUGAAAUCCUCAGCCUUGUCAAUAAUAAUCCAAAACUUCGGAUGAAAUACAAAAUACGUCUGAAUCCAUUAUGGUAUAGCCAAAUUACAAACAUCAACUAAGAGCCCGA